AUGCUCCCUACCUCUUUGCGUACCGCCUUGGACCUCAAGAAGGCCAUAGAGUUAGCUGCAAAAUAUCUCAAGCCGAUAGGGGUAUGCGAGACCAAGCAAGACAAUUUCAAAGAGGAUUACGGAUUCGAGAGGCACGAAGAGACGGAUGAUGAAGAUGACAACGAUGAAGGUACGCAGAAUGGCUCUGCCCGUAAUAAGGCCCUCUUCAAAGAGCUUGCCGAGAUCUAUAAUAAUGACGGACGUGAUCAUUGGAUCGGCAUAUUGGCCGAGCCGUUCAGGCUUACCAUCACUCGUCCCGGUUGCGAAUUCUCUGGUGAUAUUGUACCCAGUCCAGACGAAAGCAGCGCAGGAACGAAUAACAAAGGUGAAAAGCCUAAAGUGACCAGCCGGAGCUCACUUACGAAACAGCUGAAGAAGUGGUUCGAAAACGGCGCGGUCUCCGGCUUCGGGGACGUUCGUGCACAGGAGACCAAAGUCGAUGCAAAUGUCCGGGACGCACGCGAGAUUCCUGCCUCGGAGUUCAGCAUUUCUCCGAACCUUAUCGAGCAGGUCGAAAAAUGCUGGGGUGACCAUUUCGUCCCAGGCUCCGUGCGCGUCGAACCGUACAAGAUCCACAUGUACGGCCCCGGUGGCAAGUUCAAGGCCCACAGAGAUACGCCAGAGAUGAACCUAGUUGGCACCUUCCUCGUUGGCCUUGGGGACACAACCAAAAAGGGGUGUCUGUUCAUCGGCAAUGACAUCUACGGUACCGAUGAGGACGAUGGACAUGAAGCGACGCGCGGUAGUUGGAUUGCCUUCCACCCUGACGUCCAGCAUAAAGUCGCAGAGAUUGAGAGCGGAUACCGAGCUGUAAUCGCAUUCAAGCUCUUCCGCAAGGAAAUAGAAGAGGGGAGGCAGACGUCCGUUGUGCGCAAGAAGAUGGAAAAGGUCUUGGAGAAGAUGCAGGCCCCGUACGGUGUGCUCCUCGCGCAUGAGUACUGCAUUGGAACCACCAUGCUCUGCGGCUUAGACAAUAUCCUGAACGAGGCCGCUCAUGCGAUAGCGCAGAAGAAGAAGUUGAACAUUCACUUCCUCCCAGUACUGGCGAAGGUCACAGCCGAAGCAUACCGCACGGGUGACAUGGAGGAGGUCAACGCCGAUGCCAAAGUCUAUCCCUUCACGCAGGCCCAUGUUGAGUCGUUGCUAAAGGAGGUUGAACGGAAGGCUACAGCUCGUUACCAGUUUGAGAAGGAGUUCCCUGGCGACAAGGAUGAAAACGAACAAGAUUCAGGCUCGAAUCUGGUCGAGAUUAAAUGGUUGGUCAACGCAGUCGAUAUUCCUUUCUAUUCCGUCGAUUACGAUAAGGCUGCGGUCACCUGGACGCGCAUCGAGGAGGAGGGUGCCGAGUACACGGGAAACGAUGCCAAGCCAUAUACCGAAGAUAGCAUCUACUUCUCCUACGGUAUGAUCGUCCUUCCGCAUGUGCGCGGAAAGAAGAGGGCUCUGGAUGAAGGUGGAAACAGUGACGCUUCGGGUUCGUCUCGGAAGCGCUCUUGA